AUGGUGGCGGAGGUGGUGGCGACCGAUGGCUUUCCUAGUAUUAGUUCUGAUGGGGAUUCUAUUUUCUGGUUUCGUUUUGUGUCGAGGGACCUAAUACUGACCAGAUCGUUUUUUUUCAUCUUUCAUUCUGAGUGGGGGAAAAUGAACGGUGGUGAUGGGGGAGAAGUAGCGGCAGCUCCGACUGGUCCACCGCAGCCGCUCGAGUGGAAAUUCUCUCAGGUGUUUGGCGAGCGGACGGCCGGCGAAGAAGUACAAGAAGUUGAUAUAAUCUCUGCAGUCGAGUUUGAUAAAAGUGGUGACCACCUUGCUACCGGUGACCGUGGUGGAAGGGUGGUGUUAUUUGAAAGAACUGAUGUGAAAGAGUGUGGUGGAAAUAGAAAAGAUUUGGAGAGGAUGGACUAUCCAGGCACUCGACAUCCAGAGUUUCGUUACAAAACUGAAUUUCAGAGCCAUGAACCUGAGUUUGAUUAUCUCAAGAGUCUGGAAAUCGAGGAGAAAAUCAAUAAGAUCCGGUGGUGCCAGACAGCUAAUGGUGCCGCUUUUCUUUUGUCCACUAAUGACAAAACCAUUAAGUUUUGGAAGGUCAAAGAGAAGAAAGUAAAGAAAAUUUGUGAAGCAAAUGUAGAUCCUUUGAUAGGUGCUACAAAUGGAAGUGUUGCCCGUUCAAGCAUUUCUUCAAGUCCUAAUCAGCAUAUUGCUAAUGGGGGCUAUCUGGACCAAUCUCAUAACUGUUCGAAAAAUGACAGAUCCUUUCCACCUGCAGGCAUUCCCUCACUGCGAUUACCAGUGGUUACAAGCAAUGAAAUCAGCCUUGUUGCAAGAUGUAGGAGAACAUAUGCCCAUGCGCACGACUACCAUAUCAAUUCUAUUUCAAAUAACAGUGAUGGAGAAACAUUUAUAUCUGCUGAUGAUCUGCGAAUAAAUCUUUGGAACUUAGAAGUAAGCAAUCAAAGUUUCAACAUCAUUGAUGUGAAGCCAGCAAAUAUGGAGGAUCUAACUGAGGUGAUAACAUCAGCAGAGUUUCAUCCUUCUCAUUGUAACAUGUUAGCAUAUAGUAGUUCAAAAGGAUCAAUUCGUCUCAUUGAUUUGCGCCAAUCAGCCUUGUGUGAUUCACAUUCUAAACUCUUUGAGGAACAGGAGGCACCUGGUUCAAGGUCAUUUUUCACUGAAAUAAUAGCUUCAAUUUCUGAUAUUAAGUUUGCAAGGGAUGGAAGAUAUAUACUGAGUCGUGAUUACAUGACCCUCAAGUUGUGGGAUAUCAAUAUGGAUUCUGGUCCUGUGUCUACCUUCCAGGUUCACGAGUAUUUAAGACCAAAGCUGUGUGAUUUGUAUGAAAGUGAUUCCAUUUUUGAUAAAUUUGAAUGUUGCCUGAGUGGUGAUGGUCUUCGAGUAGCAACUGGUUCUUACAGCAAUCUCUUCCGCGUAUUUGGAUGUGCAGCAAGCAGUACUGAAGCAACUACUCUGGAAGCUAGCAAAAACCCAAUGAGAAGACAAGUUCAGACCCCUUCAAGGACAACAACUUCAAGAUCCCUGAGCAGUAGUAUUUCUCGUGUUGUCAAGCGAGGUUCUGAAAGCCCAGGAGUUGAUGCCAAUGGGAAUUCAUUUGAUUUCACUACCAAGCUACUCCACCUGGCAUGGCACCCAACUGAAAACUCAAUUGCCUGUGCUGCUGCAAAUAGCUUUCAAGAAUCAGAAGUUCACGCCGCCAUUGCAGAGAAUCUCAGCUCUCUUUUCCUCUCUGUCUUUAUAUCCUCCAUCGAGCUAUCAAAGUAUGACUUUAAGGGGCAAAAUGCAAAGUGCAACACAGUGCCUUUUUUUUUUUUUGCUAUUUUGACUGCCAUCCUAAAUGAUCCGAGUCUUGUCAUGGCUCGGAGAUCAGUUGAAAACAUGAAUGUGAUUGAUAAAUGUUGGAGAACCAAUCCCAAUUGGCGGAGACACCGGCAGCAGCUAGCGACAGGCUCGGUUGGGUAUGUUGGAAAACUAAUUGAAAACAUAGGCCAAAACGUGACGAAGUACACAGUCACGAAUCCUAGUGACGACCCAUUGGACCCGAAACCCGGAACUCUAAGAUAUUCCAUGACUAGCAUUAAGGGAAAGGUUUGGGUCACAUUCAAAAGGGACAUGAAUAUUAAACUUGAGAAUCCCCUUCUAGUUAGCAGCCUCUCUACCAUCGAUGGAAGAGGUGUUAAUGUUCACAUUGCAAAUGGCGGUUGCCUAGUUCUUCAAAGGGUACGUAACAUUUUCAUAGCAUGUUCCUCAUGA